AUGGGUCUCCUCACCUGUCCAGUCUUCGCCUCUAGUGCCUUAAGAAUCGAAGGACCGAUGAUUGUAAGAGUGGUGAAAUACAUGUGUCCGAGGCAUGAUUUCAGGGGGGUGUAUGACAGAAAUUUGGUUAAGAUGAUUGAGGAGAGGAAGACGGGGGGUUCGUGGUUUGGUCCGCCUGAUAUGACUCCGGAGCCGAGGAAGAGGGAAGUGGAGAAGAAGAAAAAGGUUCAGAGGGAGGAUGAUAUUCAACUCUGUAUUACUAUGUGA